CGUAAUCGUGCGCGCCAUAUUUAAGCCUAACUUCAACGAACGCAAUGUAAUAUUUUUGUGGUGCUAUCUGACAACAAUGUAUAUUAAAUCUAUGGUUAUUGAUGGCUUUAAGUCAUAUGCACAGAGAACAGAAAUAAUCGGAUUCGAUCCACUUUUCAAUGCUAUCACAGGAUUGAAUGGAAGUGGAAAAUCCAACAUUUUGGAUUCCAUUUGUUUUCUUCUGGGAAUCACCAACUUGUCACAUGUUAGGGCAACAAACCUCCAGGAGCUUGUAUACAAAAAUGGACAGGCUGGUGUUACAAAGGCAACUGUCAGCAUCACAUUCGACAACGCAGACAAGAAGCAAAGUCCUCUAGGUUACGAACAGUACGAUGAAAUCACCAUUACACGACAGGUUGUAAUAGGAGGAAGAAAUAAAUACUUGAUUAAUGGCAGUAAUGCCAACAACACCAGAGUGCAGGAUCUGUUUAGGUCUGUCCAGCUCAAUGUCAACAACCCACACUUUCUCAUUAUGCAAGGAAGAAUCACCAAAGUCCUCAACAUGAAGCCUCCAGAGAUAUUAUCAAUGAUUGAGGAAGCAGCUGGCACACGACUUUAUGAAAGCAAGAAAGAAGCAGCGCAAAAAACCAUUGAAAAGAAAGAUGCAAAACUUCGAGAAAUAGAUAUGGUUUUGAAAGAAGACAUAAUGCCAACACUAUCAAAGUUACGAGAGGAGAGAUCAUCGUAUCUUGAAUAUCAGAAAAUCAUACGAGAAUUGGAGCACCUUAACAAGCUGUAUAUUGCUUACCAGUUUGUCUGUGCAGAGGAAAAGAAAAAGAAGAGUGCUGAAGAACUGCUAGAAAUGCAGGAACAAAUAAAGAAACUGAAUGCUCGAAUGAAAGAGAUUGAUGAGAAAGUGAAGGAGCUGGAUGGAGUGAUCAGAGAACUAGAGAAUAAGAGAGACCAGGAGUCAGGGAGUGUCAUGGCAAAAUUAGAGGCCACGCUGGCCGACAAACAGAAAGUAGAAGCCCUGGCUCAGAGUGCUGUGGAUGUCAAAAAGGAGGGACUGAAGGCAGAGAACAAAAAGAAAAAGGAACUCAAUAAAAACAUCCAGGAUGAUAAGAAAGCCCUGGCCAGCAAGGAGAAGGACAUGGGUAAAGUGGGGGAGGAAUUGGAGCGACUUCAGUCCCAGAGUAAGGUAGACCAGGAGACCCACGACACGGCCCAGAAACAUUACCAGGCGGUCAGUGCUGGGCUGUCUAGUAACACGGACGGGGAGGCCGCCUCUCUCAACGACCAGCUCAUGACUGCUAAAAAUGAAAUCAGUGUGGCAGAAACAGAAACUAAACAAGCUCAGAUGAGACUGAAACAUGCCCAGCAGGAAAUAAAAAAGAAACAAUCCGAUCUCAAGAAAACAGAGCAAGGUUACCAGAAGGACAAGAGUGCUUAUGAUGACAUUCAGAAAAAUAUGAAGGCUUUAGAGGCUGAGAUGAGUAAGCUGGGUUUUAAGGAAGGCCGGGAUGAGGAGCUAGCUGCCGAACGUAGAACUCUGUCUCAGGAGGUACAUAAACUUCAGGAACAGCUAGAAACGCUAGAGGCCAGAUUUCCACAGCUACAGUUUGAUUACAAAGACCCAGAGAAAAAUUUUGACCGCAGCAAAGUUCAUGGCCUGGUAUGCAAAUUGAUCAAGGUCAAGGAUGUUAAGAAGGCAACAGCCUUAGAAGUAUCAGCUGGAGGGAAGUUGUAUAACGUGGUGGUGGAUACCGAAGUCACAGGGAAGAAGCUGAUACAGAAAGGAGAACUGCGGAGGAGGUACACCAUCAUACCCCUCAACAAGAUCUCAUCACGCAGUAUACCAGCUGAUGUCGCCAGGAGGGCCGAAGAUCUGGUUGGCAAGAAAAAUGCGAGCACUGCUUUGUCUUUGAUUGAUUAUAACAACGACUUAAAGGCUGCAAUGGAGUUUGUAUUUGGGUCAGUAUUUGUGUGUUCCGACAUGAACAGUGCUAAAAAGGUGGCCUUUGAUGAGAAGAUCAUGAAGAAGUGUGUGACGCUGGAUGGGGAAUCGUUUGAUCCCGCUGGAACUGUCACAGGAGGUGCUCGAGCCCAGACCAGCUCUAUCCUGGAAAAACUUCAGGAGUUCACUGAAGUGGAGUCCAAACUUAAAGAGAAACGAGACAAACUACAUCAGGUGGAGAAAGAGCUCAACUCACUUAAACAUGUUGUAGAAAAGUUCACCACAUUCAAGCAGAAAUAUGACUUAAAAGUCCAGGAAGCAGAACUAGUGAAAGCUCGUCUUGAACAAGGUUCACAUCACCAACAACUGGAGGAAAUAGAGAACCUGAAAAAAUCAAUAGAGGAACAAGAGGACAUUUUGAAGAAAGCUGAGGAAACUCAAAAGAAAAUGUCUAAGAAAGCCAAGGAUUUGGAAGAUAAAAUAAAGAAUGCUAAAGCGGUCAGAGAGAAGGAACUGAAGGAAGCCGAGGGUCAGGUGACCAAGGCCAAGAAAAAGAUGGAGGAAUCCAGCCGCAAAAUGAAGGAAAAGUACCAGGAAACAGACAGUUUGAAGCUGGAGACAGAGGAACUUCAAAAAGAGAUCGAGACAAAUGAAGAACAGCUUAAAACAGUGGAGGAGACAAUAGCUCAGUUUGAAGAACAGAUUAAGGAAGUCAGUGAGAAAUCUCAGGCUACAAAGGCAGAGGUUAAAGAGGCCCAGGAUGCUGUAAACAAACAGAAGGACCUGCUGAAGGCCUGUAACAAGGACAUCUCCCAGAGGAUCGGGGAACAGAAGGACUUACAGAAAGAAACACACAGCUCUCAGUUAAAAAUCCAGGAACUCGAGCACAAGAUCUCCAAGUUCCAGAGCGAUUCCAAGUCAGCCGCCAGGGAGGUAGAAAGUCUGCUGCAGAACUAUGAUUGGAUCAUUGAUGAGAAGAAAUACUUUGGACAACCAAACACAGCAUAUGACUUUCAGGCCAAUGAUCCAAAAGUAGCUGAGAAAAGGAUUGGAAAGUUACAGGAAUCCAAAGAUAAACUGUCAAAAAGUGUCAACAUGAGGGCCAUGAACAUGUUAGGCAAGGCUGAGGAACAGUGUACAGACUUAAUGAAGAAGAGGAAGAUCGUGCUGAAUGACAAAGCUAAGAUAGCCGCUGUUAUAGAGGAACUGGACCAGAAAAAGAAUGAGGCAUUAACUAAAGCCUGGGAGCAAGUCAACAAGGACUUCAGUUCGAUAUUCUCCACUCUUCUUCCUGGGGCUCGAGCCAAGUUGUCUCCCCCUGAGGGUCAGUCUGCUCUGGACGGGUUGGAGGUCCGAGUCGGGUUCGGUGAUGUGUGGAAGGAGUCACUCAGUGAGCUUAGCGGGGGUCAAAGGUCUCUGAUAGCACUCUCACUGAUCCUGGCCAUGCUGCUCUUUAAGCCUGCCCCUCUCUAUAUCCUGGAUGAGGUGGAUGCUGCUUUAGAUAUAUCACACACACAGAAUAUUGGACAGAUGAUUAAAUCACACUUCAAACACUCCCAGUUCAUAGUGGUCUCUCUGAAGGAUGGAAAAGUUUGUGGAUGGUGUUUCCACUGUAACACGCUAUGUACAAUGAGGUUGGAGGACGUCUGUUUGCUUCUGGUCGUGAUUGUAAUCGUCACAGAAAUUGUGGAGAGCAGGAAACAGUACGAGUUUAAGCAGUAUACAUACAGGAAGAAGAGAGAUGACAGGAAGUAUAAGAAUGCCAAGGCCCUGUGUGAAACACGACCAGAAUGUUUGUCCAAGUUUGGAGCGGAGCAGACAGCCUGUGUCAGGAAUUGUACAUCCAGCUUCUGUUAUCAGCAGAUCUACGCAGAUGACCCACUGGAGGACGGUGAGAUAGAUGUGCGAUUGAACUCUUUUAAGGGUUGUCUGUCACAGGAUAAGUCUAACGAACACAAAGAAAAGCUUCCGGGAGAGGGGAAUCCAGAUCUAGGCAUCGGAUAGACUGUCUAAUAAAUAUCAAAACUAGUAUUCUGAAUAAUUGUGUGAAGGAUUGGAUAGGCCUCAGAUAACUCAAGUCCAUCUGUUUGUGUAAUAAUAUCAGAAAAAUCUUAAUUGUGUUUUUUGCCAUUUCAUUGUCUUAACAAAGGGUGAAUAUUUCUCUGAACAUAGGAUUACUUUAGCAUAAUACUUUAUACUUCUUUGUUUUGCAAUAAAAUCAUGGUAACCUACCAAAUCAUUAGCUUGUACUCCUGUACAUGAUUUUUUUUCUUUGAAUUUUAUAAUUUUCAUUAUUAGAAUUAAUGAGGAACAAAAGAAUGUUUUGAAUUUAAAAACUUAAAUUUUUUUAACAAUACUGAACAUUCAUAUGUUAUGCAUAAUUUCAAUUUGCAUAUUGUAAAAUAUAUACUUGUUUCCUACAAGAAGUUUGUACUUAAAUUAACAAAGCAAUGUAUCAUUAGAUCAAGUUAUGUGUCAGGAAUGGAGAUAGGAUGAGGAGAAUAUUAAUGAUUUCUCAAUAAAUUAAUACAAAAUAUUUGA